AUGUCCGCACCAAACGAAGGCCGUCAGUCCCCAGAGCCAGAGCGUCAAUCCGACAGCCAGCUCCACCAGCCCUCAUCCUCCAACCCCAACCAGCAAGGCGGACAACCCGGCGACAAAGCCGCGGAUGCGAGCAAGGACCAGUUGAGCAACUUGAGCAGCAACCCGGGCGGUCCGUUGGACAAGGAGGCGGAGAAGAAGACGGCGAAAUAG